AAAAAAAUUGGGUCUGUUGGUCCUUUCUUUCUAUCUAUCUUCCAUGGACUUGUGACGCGUGCGUUUGUUUGGCAGUUGGGUUCGUUCGUUUCUGCAGAGUUUCUUUCUUUCUUUCUUCUGAAGCUCUCGAGGAGGAAUCAAUCGAGGUUCACAGUUUGGAUAAGAAUAAAGAGUAAAGGGUUGAUCAAAAUCGACUGCGCAACAAUGACAUUGACGAGAUACCAGAUUCGGAACGAGUACGGCUUGGCCGCUAAGGAGCUUUACCAUUCCGACGACGAUCCUGAAGCUUUUCUCCAAGGUGCUUCCAUGGCUGCCCUCGUCGGCCUUUUGCGCCAGCUUGGCGACCUCUCCCAGUUUGCUGCUGAGGUAUUCCAUUGCCUGCAUGACGAAAUGGUGACUACUGCGUCACGAGGCCAUGCCUUGGCGUUGCGUCUCCAACACCUCGAAGCUGACUUCCCUUCCAUUGAGACACCCAUACUCUCUCGAACCGACCAUUCUACUUUCUAUUAUGAUCCAGGCUUGCAAUGGCAUUCUUAUCUUCAAACAAAACAAGACCUGAUUUCCCCACGCAACUUGCCUCAUUGUAUUAUGGAUUCUUACGAGGAAUCCCGUGCUCCACCCCUGCUCUUCCUCCUCGACAAGUUUGAUCUUGCUGGUUCUGGAUCAUGCUUGAAGCGUUACUCUGAUCCAUCUUUAUUGAAGUCACCACCAGCUAUAGCAACACCAAAACUCAUCAAAGAUGAGACACCGCGUGAUUCAAAGAAUAAAGGAUCACUCCCAACUAGUAAAGAGGCACCUGGGGAUUCACCAGCAUCACAUGCCAGGUUGCAUCAGCUAUUCUUUCUAGAGCAUGUUGAGAACGGACAGGAAAAUCCUCAACUCCAUGUGAAACUGAAGAGAAGGCAGAUGAAUGGACCGCCAAUUAACUCAAGUUCCGGGACAGGUUACAUGGACAAGUUCCUCAAGAAUUCUUCGCCCUACUGUGAAAGAGUGCAUGGGACUCUAGAUCAGUCAUCUCCGGCAAUGGAAACUGAAGUUACAGUAUGCAGCGAACGAGAAGAGUUACCAGUACCUUCCCUAGUUUAUCCAAACAGUGGAGAUACUAGGAGAUACAAUGAGAUGGAGAUUGAAUCUAUUGUUGAUGAUGAAAGACUUGAAAUUCCGGUCAAUGAGAAGUCUUUACCGAAUAUAGAGGGAGGACUAGAGAUUUUGUUAGUAAGAAGCUCUUCUGUGAAUUCGUGUUGCAAGGCCAACAAUGAAACAGAUGCACCUACUUCCAUGGAGUCAGAAGAAAAUGAAGCAGACAGUGAUGACAGGGCUAGUUGUGACCUUGGAUUUCCGGGAUUUGGUCAGACGCAGAUCUGUACUAAUGCAGAGGUAACUCAAACAGAGGUUCUGGCUCAGUUUUCUAGUGUGUUGCACCAGUCCGCAAAGGAAGGAGAAUCUAGUCUUUUGUGCACUGACAUCGAGAGAUCUUCUCUUGAAGGUAAGCCCUACAAAGCUGAACGAACACCUUUCAGUUUGUCUUGUUAUGAGAACCCUGCAAAUCUUGCCGAAGAUUCUGGAAGUGGCUCAGAGCUUCAGUCCAAUAUAGCAAAUGCUGAUAAAAUUGGAUUGAAAUCAUUUGAAGACGGAAGAGAUCCGAUGCUUAAUGUUUCCCCUGAAACUCAUCCAGAGUAUCUGUUGAAGCUUACACAAGUGCCACACGACGCAUCCGAGGGUGGGACCAAUAUUCAUCACUCUCAACAUGUUUUCAGUGUGGACACUGGUUCUGAGAUAUCCUUAAGUGCUCUAGUUGAAGACCAAUUCUCAUCCAUAACUAAUCAUGAGGUAGAGGCUUUGGAACCCGAGGACAUUUCUUCUGAAGCUGAUCAUUCCAUUCCAGAUAGCAAAAGCAGUUUAGAAGAAACACCAUCAGCAUUGGACUCCCAUUUUCUUCUUCCAAAUCCGUAUAUUAGCACAUUUGACGACGACUUGGAAGAUGAAAGCAACUCCCAAGAAAGAUCUUCCAUGAAUCCUAAACAGUCUAAACACAUUUCAACUUCUUACAUCAGUUCAGAAAAUGGAGCUCUGAUGUCAGAUACUCCAAGAGAUCUUCACACAGGAUGCGGUAACCUCUCAGCCUCAUCUUGUCGGGAAGACGCAUUGGCCAAUCCUGACCUGGCUGAGAGAUCAUCACAUUCUGUACUGGAGGAUUCACAAACCAUGUCUAUUGAUGCAGAUGAUAGUAGUGAGCAUAUCAGUACUUGUUUUGCAGGUGAUGUCGAUCACGAUAACCAUACUAGCCUGAAUAAUAAGGCCGAGACCGUGCCCGAAAUAGACUUGGAAGCUAUUAGUGAACCACAGGAGAAUCUUUUAUGUACUGAAGAAUGUCUUUCACCUGACUGUUGCUUACAGACACAGGGGCAAGAAAGUCCAUCAGAAACGAGGUCAGCAAAUUCCAUAACAGCAUCAGUCCAGUCUCUUCCUACGCAAAAUGGACCUGAAGGUGUUCAGGGUUCACCUUCAGAGGAAGCAUUAACAUGCAACGAAACGCUUUUCCCUUCAAGCAUAACAGAAAUAGAAGCUCUUCAUGCACCACACGAGAAAACUUUCACAUCAUUAAAUGAUCAUAUCUAUGAGUCUGUUCCUUCCAUGGAUCUGACAGAUGAAAAAGAUUUCUUGGCCGUGUCCCCUGAAUCCAUGCUUCCCAUCUCCAUGUCCUUCCAUGAAACACCGCAGGUUGAUCCAGAGAUAACACCUCCGCUUCCGCCUCUUCCUCCCACACAAUGGUGGAUAGGGAAGCUGGCUGAAUCAACCGAAAUGCCAUCACUUGCAGGCAGUGGAAACAAUAGUUUCUACACUCAUAGGGAUGAAAACACACAUAAUGGAUCAGUUCAAGCGACCGAGGUACAGUAUCCAUCGACUACAGAUGGUGAAAACCAGAAUUCUCAUGUUUAUAGAGAAGAGUGUAGAGUGGAAGGUGUGUCAACUUGUGUACAAACUACACUGAAUGAACCAUGUAAAGCAGCCGAAGAACUGUCUCCUUCAGCAGUCAGUGGAACAAGCGACACCUAUAUGCACAAGGAUGAAAGUACACUGAAGUGUUUGAAUAAAACAAUGCAGGCACCAUUUGCAGAGGAAGUAUCAGGAGGAGGCUUAGAAGCUGACUGGAGAGCUGAAGCAAUGGCACUUGAAUGGUUUAGUCAGAACUUAAGAGAGCAUAGCAAUCCCCACCCUGGAAAGUUAGAAGAGAAAGCUCAGGUCGAUCAUCCAGAAGAACCAACGGGAGAAACCUUACAAGAGAAUAACUCAUAUGAUGAGAAUCAGAAAGCCAAAAAGCCUAAAAGAGAGAAUGAUUCGCUUGUUAUUGGCAUUGAUAGAAGCAUGUUGAGGAAAGUAUCUGAACAGAAGAGAACGCAACAAGCGGACGAGAAUGAUUCACUACUACAGAUCAUAAGGAGCAAGUCGUUCAACCUGAGACCAGCGGAUGCCUCGGUGAGACCAAACUUCCAAGUAGCUGUUCCAAAAACCAACUUGAAGGUGGCAGCGAUUCUAGAGAAAGCCAAUACUCUUCGCCAGGCAAUGGCGGGAAGUGACGACGAGCAUGAUUCAGAUAGCUGGAGUGAAUGAAUCUUUGAAGAUAUAAAGAUGACACAUGACAGGCAGACAGACAUAUACACACACACAAGACAGCUCUGUACAGAAAAGAUUCUUUAGCUUUCUGAAUUCUCACAUUGUAUUCUUUCGUCUCUGGUAAAGUUUCCUACCAAAUGCAUUCUCUCUUUGACACAUUUGUAACACAUGCACACACUGUCUUUUUACAUCCAAUUUUAUAAGGAAUUCAAUUGAUGUACUAGAGGUGGCUUAUUAUCUUUGGAGUACAAAAUCUUUUUGUUUUUGUA